UUGGCAACUGUAGCACGCGACUAGUUCCCACGUUGUUCGUGUGGGCGUCUUGGAACGGAGGAGCCUCUGGCGGGUGUUUGGGCGCUGUCUCGAGAAGGCUCCCGGAGCCUUGGAGAGUGGGGAGGCGUAGCUCGUAGAGCAUCUUACCCAUGGAGGGAAGGCCCGGGAGGGGAGAAUGCGGUGGGACGGGCAACCCAGUGAGGACGGGGGCUGUAGGGAGGCCAUGAGAGGUAGGGUCCUGACUCGGGGGAAGGGUCAGUCUUGGAGACUGGCGAGCCUGUGAGAGAAUGGAGCCCCACUGGGAAAGGGGUGUAGAAGGGGAGGGGUUCUGUGUCGAGCAUGGUGCCUGGCACACAGCAGGUGCUUAAUAGAUGCUUCUUGAUUGUGUGAUUGGUGGUAGGCCGGCUCGGCUGAGGAACUCCGGGUAGUAUCGCCCCUUCUUUUUCCUUCCUGGGAGCCAGGCUGAGAUGUGGAUCUCUCCCCAAAGUGGGUACCCCCUGCGGGCCCUGCUGACCCUUCGAUGGCCCAUAAUGUGGAUGGGUUGCAGGGGCCUCCCCCGAGGAGGACCUCCCCGUAGGCCCUAUCGUAAGGAGGUUCUGCCAACCCCAGAAACCCCCGUGGUGCUUGUCACUGCAGCUGAGAUAAGGCAGUACCUUCGAGCCCGGGGUAUCCCCUUCCAGGAUGGGUACAGUUGCCUGCGCACACCCAGCCCAUUCCUGGGGCCAUGGGGUGCAGAGGCAGAGAACUGGACUGAGGGUAGCCCCCACAGUCUUUUCAUUGAUAAGACCACAGGCCACUUCCUUUGCACUGGCACCUUGGCUGAGGGCAACUGGGAGGACUUCCAGGCAUCUGUGGAAGGUGGUGCGGCUGGUUCCUGGGUUAGUGAGGGUAAAGGGAGUGAGACUGUAGACAGCCACAGUAAUGAUGUACUGAGGAUCUGGGAUCGGGCAGUGCCACUCACUGAACUUCCAGACCAGGAAGAGAUUCAUGUGGCCCGAACAAUGUUCAAUCUGGCAAAGGUGUCUGAUGCCACAUUGAAGCUCUUCAAUGUGCGCUAUCUUCGAGCUGCCAGAAGCUUGGUGUUUCCGUGGUUUUCCCCAGGGGGCUUGAGUCUUAGGGGACUGAAGCUGCUGAAGGCAGAAGGUCAAGGGGAGGGUGUCUGCUAUGUGGAGACCACUUUGCCUCGACCCAGUGCCUACCAUAACCUAUUUGGGCUGCCAUUGAUCAACCUACGAGAUGUGGAGGUGGUAUUGACCAGUCGGGAGCUGGAUAGCUUGGCUUUGCAUCAGGCCACAGGGCUGCCCACACUGGCAUUACCCCGAGGGUUAACUUGCUUGCCCCCUACACUACUCCCCUACCUGGAACAGUUUCGACGAAUUGUACUCUGGCUCGGUGAUGACUUGAGGGCAUGGGAGGCUGCCAAAUUGUUUGCCCGAAAGCUGAACCCCAAACGUUGCUCCUUGGUUAGGCCAGGAGACCAGCAUCCCCGCCCCUUAGAAGCUCUGACCCAGGGCUUGAAUCUGCAGAGAAUACUACGGUCAGCCCUGCCUGCUGGCCAUAAGUCUAUAGUGUCUUUCCGGCAACUGAGGGAAGAAGUUCUGGGAGAACUAUCUAACGUGGAACAAGUAGCUGGAGUGCGCUGGGGACGUUUCCCUGACCUCAACCGACUUUUGAAGGGCCAUCGAAAGGGCGAACUAACUGUCUUCACAGGACCGACAGGCAGUGGGAAGACAACAUUCAUUAGUGAAUAUGCACUGGAUCUAUGUACACAGGGAGUGAAUACACUGUGGGGUAGCUUUGAGAUCAGCAAUGUGCGGCUGGCCAGGAUCAUGCUGACCCAGUUUGCCAUGGGGCGGCUUGAAGAAAGGCUGGAAGAGUAUGAUGAGUGGGCUGACCGCUUUGAGGACUUGGCACUGUAUUUUAUGACUUUCCAUGGGCAGCAGAAUAUCAGAACUGUGGUAGACACAAUGCAUCAUGCUGUUUACGUCUACGAUAUCUGCCAUGUGAUCAUUGACAACUUGCAGUUCAUGAUGGGGCACGAGCAACUCUCUUCAGACAGGAUUGCAGCCCAGGACUACAUUGUAGGAGCCUUCCGGAAGUUUGCCACAGACAACAGUUGCCAUGUGACCCUGGUCAUUCACCCCCGGAAAGAGGACAGUGACAAAGAGCUGCAGACUGCAUCUAUCUUUGGUUCAGCCAAGGCCAGCCAGGAGGCAGACAACGUGUUGAUCCUUCAGGACAAGAAGCUGGUAACAGGUCCAGGGAAACGCUACCUACAGGUGGCUAAGAACCGUUUUGAUGGGGACGUGGGUGUCUUCCCUCUGGAAUUCAAUAAGAGCUCACUGACGUUCUCGCCCUCAGCCAAAGGCAAGGCCCGCCUCAAGAAGGUCAAAGAUGACAAUGAACUAGACCCCAAAAAGCCUCCCUCUAGGAAAGGGGGAGGAGCAUCUGGGAAGCAGAAGGACAAAGCAGCCCAGACCCCUCCCCCCUGACAGCCAUGGUGAGAGUAGUGUGGAGGCUGUGUUCAAGGAGCUCCCACACACCCUUUUGAGGUGAGAUCCAUCUGUGAGCUUGGUGCCUUACCUUUGUGGGAGUUGCUGAGCAGAAAUGCUGAAAGGUAUGGGAGUCGAGAGUUUUCAGUCCCAAGAGAGAAGGCAUGACAUCUCCCAGGACAGCGUGUGAUUCUGACCCAAUGGAGGUGGUCAACAGCCUGAAGAAAGCUGAGUCACAGGACUUUUCUCUAGGAAAAUAAACCUAUUUUUGUCAGA